UGACGAAGGGCUCUGUGCGCCCCACGGCUGCCCCAUGGCUGCCCCACAGCUCCCGCGCCUCCUCCUGCUCGGCCUCCUGCUCAGCCCCGGUUGGGGGCAGCGGAUCUUGGGGGGGGCGCCGUGUGCCCCCCGCGCCCACGCGGGCCUCGCCCAGCUCUACCAGUUCGACCAGUACCAGUGCGGGGGGGUCAUACUGGGAACCCAGUGGGUGCUCAGCGCUGCCCACUGCCGCACCAGUCCGGCGCAGGUCUUGGUCGGUGUCCGCGACCGCCGGAGCCCUUCGGGAGAGGAACAGUUCGCGGCGGCCGUGGAGGUCAUCGUCCACCCGGAAUUCGGCGCCGGAGGCUCCGUCGGCCACGAUCUGAUGGUGCUCCGCGUGGAACCGCCGCUGCGCCUCAGCGCCUCCGUCCAAGCGGUGCUCCUCCCGGGAAGAGCCACCACCACCGCGGACCACUGCACCGUCAUGGGAUGGGGGACCACCAGCAGCCCCGGGGAGUCCUUCCCGGACCUUCCGCAGUGUCUGAACGUCACCGUGAGGGACCUCCAGGAGUGUCAGAAGAUCUACGGCCCCAAAGUCACCGAGGACAUGUUGUGCGCCGGCUCCGACCGGGCGGGAGAGGACUCCUGCCAGGGUGACUCCGGAGGUCCCCUCAUCUGCUCGGGGGUCCUUCAAGGCAUCGUCUCUUGGGGUGAGCACCCGUGCGGCCAAGCGGGGAAGCCCGGAGUCUACAGCCAAGUCUACAGUGACCUCGCGUGGAUCCUGGAGACCAUCGGGAACCCCUGAGACCUUCUCAGCUCCUCAAGGAACCCCCUGACCCCACCCGAGCUCCAGAAGAGCCACCAGGGGUGGAGGGACCUCCUCCGUCUUGGGUGGAUUGAGGCCAUCAAGGACCAAAGAACCCCAUGAAGGACCAAAGAACCUCACGAAGGACCAAAAAACCCCAUGAAGGACC